UGAAACAAAAUGAGGAAACAAUCUUACAGCACGAAUCUGAGCACCGGAAGUGGUGGAGAACCACAGAUCAUCGUCGACGAAAGCACACUAGUGGAAGAGGAAGCGGAACAGCGUAGAAACGAAUCGCCUCCACGAUGCUUGGAUCCAGAUUCGCCUUCCUUGAAUCCUUAUCUAUUGUCUCCAUGGAGAGAAACGAGGAAACACUCUCUACCAACUCCGCAAUGCACUUCCGGGAUAAUCGCAUCCCAGGUGAGGCGGCUGAGCGAGCGUGGUGGAGAAGGAUCGGGACCAUCGUCGAGAGAAGCCGCUUACCUGGCCACACUCUCUCAAGCACCAGCUCCUCCGCCUAAUGGCCGAAGGCAGUCGGUUGUAACGAUUUCCAGAGUGCCACCAACUCUGUUUGGCCGUAAUCGUCGCGAAUCAAUCGCUGCCUUCCCACUCGGAGGUGGUACCAGAAUACUAGCCAACAGUACUAGUCAAUACAGCAACAGUGGGAGCACACACAAUCUACAAUUGGAUAUCAUGGACGAUAUCGCAGAGAUAAAACCGAGGAAGGUAUGCUUGAAGAUGUACAAGACGUCCACAGAACAAGUGUGCGAGAUCCAACCACUAGAAGGUAACAGCUCCACUCAACGAUAUACCCAAUACCAGAAGCGACGAUUCUCGGAACCACCUCCUCCGUCAGUGUCGCCGACACCUUCCAUCCGAAGACGAGCCUUAGAGGUGCCACGAGCCGCGAGCUCUUCUGUUUCCGGUGCAGCAGGCAUCGUUUGUUCCAACACCGAUCUGAUAUCGAUCCUGAGUUCGUUAGCGUCCUCUGCAACGGAGAUUAACCGAUGCGGAGACGAUUCUUUGAGCUCGCGAGAGGACAGCAAGUCCAGCUGGUCUGGCAAAACGGUUGAACAAAAACGAAGUCGGUUGAAGAGCUUUCGCUCGAACAGCUUUGACGUGUCGAUCCUUCACGGUGCCAAGAGCAAACUCGCUGGCGGCCUAUCCUCGAAAUCGUCCAUUAUGGUGCCGUCGAAUUGGUUCACGAAGAGGCACCAGCCGAUGUCGAAAAAACAAAAACCGGAAGACCUGAUAACAGCAAGCCUCAACUUUAAAUUCGAUAAAUCGAAGGUGGUGAAAGUGGUGAAGGAAACACUGGGCCGGACGUCUCCUACCAGUGACGUCAGACACAAAGUCGUAUGGGACGACACCAGUGGAACGAAAGUGGACGCUCAGGUAUUAGGCACCGCGAUCGAAAAGAUUUUAACAGCGCAAAAGGGAAGCGACGCGGAAUCGUCCGGAUCAACCGGGAAAGCCUCGGUGUCACCGAACAAACCAAGAUCGAGCAAAGUAGCAAGUUGGUUUUCAAGUGGCAACAAGGACCAAGAGCAAGCCGAAUCUUGUGAACCUUCAAUCUGUUCUUCCUUGAAAGACCUAUUCGUUAAGUAG